CGGAGGCGGGGGGCCGUCCCGGGACGCCUGCGGCCGGGCUGCGAGUUAACCCGAAAGCGCCCAGCGCCGCGGGCCGGACUCCACGUGUCACCGAGAGGCUGAUGUAGAGAGAGACAGAGAGAGAAAGCAACCAAGAGAGCAGAGUCCCGGGAAAGUCCUGCCGCGCCUCGGGACAAUUAUAAAAAUGUCACCCCCCGGGCCGGCCUCGCCACCACCGCCCUCACCUGCGGCGUCCACCCGUCGGCGUCCCGCGGCCAGCCCGGAGUCCGCGCAGCGCCCGCUCGCCAUGUGUCCCCCGCGCAGCCUCCUCCUCACAGCCAUCCUGGUCCUCCUGAACCACCUGGACCACCUCAGUGUGGCCAGGAACCUCCCCACAGCCACACCAGGCCCAGGAAUGUUCCAGUGCCUCAACCACUCCCAAAACCUGCUGAGGACUGUCAGCAACACCCUUCAGAAGGCCAGACAAACCCUAGAACUGUACCCGUGCACCUCUGAAGAGAUCGAUCAUGAGGACAUCACCAAAGAUAGGAGCAGCACAGUGGCGGCCUGCCUGCCCCUGGAGCUAACCCCGAAUGAGAGUUGCCUGGCUUCCAGAGAGAGCUCUUUCGUAACUAAUGGGAGUUGCCUGACCUCCGGAAAGGCCUCUUUUAUGAUGACCCUGUGCCUUAGCAGCAUCUAUGAGGACUUGAAGAUGUACCAGGUGGAGUUCAAGGCCAUGAAUGCAAAGCUUUUGAUAGAUCCUAAGAGGCAGAUCUUUCUGGAUCAGAAUAUGCUGGCAGCUAUUGAUGAGCUGAUGCAGGCCCUGAAUUUCAGCAGUGAGACUGUGCCACAAAAGCCCUCCCUUGAAGACCUGGAUUUUUAUAAAACUAAAAUCAGGCUCUGCAUCCUUCUGCACGCCUUCAGAAUCCGUGCGGUGACCAUCAACAGAAUGAUGAGUUAUCUGAAUUCUUCCUAAAACGCGCAGGUCUCUCCCAACUUUAAAGUCAUUUUUAUAAGAAUUUGAACCAAAGAAAUUUUAAUAGGAUGUGGG